GUGUUAUGUUGACAAAAAAUACGUUUAUCGAUUGAAUUAUUAUCAAUACCCGCCAAGCUAAACCAGUUGGCAAUUUUAGUUCCAUUGGUAUACAAUGAGAGCGCUAGUAGUAUAAACUAACUUUUUAAGGGGCCAUUUUUUUUUUGAAGUUAUCGUUCUUCUUCUAGAUCCUAGAUAAUAUUUGGUCCACACGUACAAAAAUAACGCAAUCGGCGUGCCAAUGUCCUUGAAUUCAAAGCUGUAACAGACGGGCGUACUGGACUGCUAUCUUGGUCCGGUCAGCAUAUCACUUACUCGCUCUCACUUAUAGCUGCAUCCUUAACGGAAGUACACCGGACCAUCUUCCACUCGUACGAUCAGGCCACGGACCAGACCAAGGUCGCGAUCCGGUACGCCCGUGUGUUAAAGUUUUAAUAUUGUCCCACCUAGAUAGGCCGUAGGUAGGAUACAGAUAAGAUGAACAGAGGUAUCUCUGUCAAUCUAAUUAUCCCUUAAUUGGAGUAAAAGAGAUACAUCCUCGAAAUUUUCGUUUUUCGAUGUUCGCGGUGGGCCCUCAGAUAUGAUAAUAAAGAAGCAAGAAUGAAUCCAAUUCUAAUUAUAAAAACAUAGAUUCUCAUAUUAGACAACAUUACAAAGUAAAAUUCUAUAUGGAAGCAUUGGCAAAAUUCCCAGCAUCUUAAUAACCACAUUCUAAAAAUGCUGGCAACAUUACAAUAAAUGGUUUGUACUACUAUACUAUAUCUGUGGUAGUUAAGAAAAAGAAUUUAUUCGGAAAGUACGUAGAGACGUAAUCCAAGUGAUAAAUAAAUCUUUUCAUCUAAUUUUAAUAUAGUUAAGUGUUAUUAUCAAGUGCAAUUUACAUGGAUAAUAUUUUAAUGAGUCUGUAAUUCGUGUGAUCAAGAUGAUAAUUGAAAACCCGGACGCCUUUAAAUCAUGGCUGACUUCCAUAUUGGAGCCUCUAUGCGACGCGGACCCUGCCGCGCUCGCCAAAUAUGUGUACGCGCUGGUGAAGAAGGACAAGCCGCUGGACGAGCUGCGGGACGGCAUGCUGGAUCAGCUGGACGUGUUCCUGCAGCAUGAAACGAAACCGUUCGUCGAUAUGCUGUUCAAAGCCCUGGAGAAUAACGAGUAUGUUAAGAUGAUGGAGAAGAAACUGCCUUCUCCGCCACCCGAACAGGAGCCGGAGAAGGAACAGCCUGCUGAACCCGAAAAUCAUGUGGGUGCGGGCGCGGGCGCGGGUGCGGGCGAGUCGUCGCCGCGCUCGGGCGUGCCGCGCGCCCGCUCGCCGCACGCGGGCGCGGCGCCGCGCCACCGCCUCGUGGUGUGCCGCACCGCCAAGGUGCCGCCGCCGCCCCCGCCGCCGCUCCCGCCCGCCCGGGAGCAUACACUCGUCAAGGUGUUACCAUUGACUGAACUUUUGGAAGAACCAGUGGAUCAACCACCCAGAAGACGGGAUCGUAGAGAAAAUAUGCGCGAGGAGCGCCGCCGGCGCCGCUCGCGCUCGUGGGAGCGGCGCGCGCGCGCGCGCAGGCACGUGCGCGAGCCCGAGCGGGACGAGCGCCGACGACCGCCGUCUAGAUCACCAUCGCCACGCGGCCGCUUUAGAAAUCGUAGUCCACCCGCCGUCCUAGACAGACCUAACACUCGAUCUAGAUCCAGAUCACCGGUGCCCGUGCGAGAGAGAGAGCGCGAGCUAGAGCGGGACAGGCUGCGGCCGCGCGAGCUAGAACGGGACAGAAUGUCGCGAGACAGAGAUCACAGGGACAGAGCGUCCAGGUCGAGAGACAGGGAACGGUCACGUGACCGGUCCCGCGACCGCUCGCACUCCAUGUCUCCGGCGCGCGCGCGCGAGCCCGACCACUACAAGCGCCGCUGUCGAGACUUUGACGAAAAAGGAUACUGCAUGCGAGGGGACUUAUGUCAAUGGGACCACGGUGCGGAUCCCGUAGUGCUAGAAGAUGCUGCGUUGACGUCUGUGCUGACCAUGCCCCCUCCAGUACCAGAGUACAACCCGCUGACGCCGGACAUCUGGUGCGGCGCGGGCCCGGGCGGGGGCUACCCGCCCUACCCGCCGCCUGCCCUCCCGCCUAGAGAGCUCAUACCCAUACCCAGACUGCACGCGGCGCCCGCGGGCCCGCCGCCGGGCGCGCCGCGGCCGCCGGCGCCCAACAAGAAGAACUUCGACUACAACCGGCUCGGCGGGAGGAUGCCCCCUCGAGUCCCGAAUUCUGGUGCCAACUGCUCAUUGGAAGUGAAGAAAGUCCCCCGAGGUCUAAACGACAUCACACACUUGAACAACCAUUUCGGCAAGUUCGGCAAAAUAGUUAAUAUACAGGUGUGCUUCGAAGGUGACCCAGAGGGCGCUCUAAUCACGUUCUCAAACCACACGGAGGCCAACGUGGCAUACAAAAGCACGGAGGCCGUGCUCAAUAACAGAUUCAUCAAGGUGUUCUGGCACAACCCUGAGAACAAACAAGAAAACUCUGCCCCCGCCGGCCAACAACAGAAACCCGCCGUCAAGCAACAACCGACGUCACACAACAAAGUGCUCAUCAACAAGGAGAAUAUGAAAGCCACCGCCGACAACAAGCAGGCUGCAGCCGCCGCGGAAAAGGCGAAAGAAGCGGUAGCCAUAGCCAACGGAGCCGAGAAAAAGAAAGAGCCGCCAAAACCUAUAGAAAAAAGCAAACAAGUCAUGGAAAUGCACAAACGCGCCCAGGCGUUGUUGGAGACACAGCUGCAGCAGCAAGUGCUGCUCAUUCAACGGUUAGAGGGAGGCAACGUGACCGGCCCACAGAGGGCAGCGUUGAUGGAAGCCAUCAACUCGGCUCAGGAAGGCAUCGAGAAGCUGCGGAAGGAGCUGGUGGCGUAUAACAGGACGCUCAGACAGAUGCAGGCGAAUGCCAAGAAGCCAAAGACAAGAGAAGAGGCACAGAAGGAGAUCCUAGACGCAGAGUUGGACAUGUUUACCAAACAGCAGGAGGGGCAGGACGUGUCGGACAUACAGAAGAAGAUCUCGGAGCUGCGCCGGCAGCUGGCGCUGCAGUUCCCCGCGCACCCCGCCGCGCGCCGCCCGCACGCCAGCUAUCGCAUUGUGAAGAGAAAACUAAGGGGCGGCCGUUUCAACAGCGCGUCUCGCUUCACCCGCGCACCGAACGCCUUCGUGAACCACAACCAGUCCGUCGACCACAGGCCUAGAGCGCUCCUCAUCAGCGGCUUCGAGAGUGAUGACUCUGAGGCGCUGACACAGCACUUUGCGCAAUUCGGCGAGAUCGUCUCCAAGGAGCUGAACCCGACCGUCCCCGAGCUCGUGCUGGUGUACGCGGCGCGCGCGCACGCCGAGCUGGCCGCCCAGCAGGGCCGCCACUACAACGACCGGACGCUCACGAUCACGUGGGUGGCCAACCCGAAGCCGUUCGCGGCGCCCGCGCGCCCCGAGCCGCCGCGCGCCGCCGCCGCGCCCGCCGCGCCCGCCGCGCCCGACGCCGACAACGGACACGAGCAGUCGGUGGGCGCGACGGUGGACUCGCUGCUGCGCUUCGACGACGACGACGAGGACGACGCCGAGCGCUCCUGGCGGCGUUGACCCGCGGCCCGCUGGCGCGCCGCCGCCGCCAGGACCCUCUAGUCUGCACCACGCCUAGCAUACUGACACAUGUACACUCGCCAUCAUCAGCCCAACGUGCUCAGUAAUAUCUCAACACUAGCGCCUUGACAAUAGACGCGUGUUCAGAUAUUUGUGACCGCCUUGGCCGCUCCGAUGUAUCUGAUGGCGACUGUACCAGCGCUCUAGCUGGUACAGUCGCCCUAGCUGGAUACUUCGCCAAAACUAAACCGUAUACAAGGCCAAAGAAAAUUUUGUACGCACAGUUAAUUUACUACCAUCUUUCGACACACGAUUAAAACUUUUAGAACGUCAUUUGACUUUGAUCCUUAUUCUUUCACUGAUAUGUGUUAAAUUAGUUAAAUAUCAAAAAGUGGCGCCAAAGAUCAAAGGCCAAAGGUAUGGCGGCAUCGUUUCGAGCGAUGGCGCCACUUUUUAAUAUUUAACUAAUUUAACACAUAUCCGUGAAAGAAAAAGGAUUAAAGUCAAAUGGCGUUCUAAAAGUUUUAAUUACGUGUCGGAAUAUGGCAGCAAAUUUACGUGGCUACAAAGUUUUCUUUGACAUUACACCUCUAUUUCAAAUUCUUUUUGAUAUAACUGAUUAUUUUUCUGACAAAAAUGUCAUGUUAUACAUAAUUAUUGGGCCGUAUGCUUGAUCGCCACCGACGUAGUAUAAAAAAAAUUACUACUAACAGAAACGCGUACGUACACCAAACAAACACGGUAUUAGGAAGUAUUCACGACGUCAAAUUCUAACGGAAUCUUAAAUUAAUUACAUCACAGGAUACAUAGGUAGUAUAGGUACCCUAAUCGCUAAAUCUAAAAUCUGUAUUCGUUUUCAAUAAAUAUUACAAAUCGCCGUAAUUUAAAAAAAAAACUCGUAACCGUUUUUUUAUAUUUCCAUCGGUAUAAAAUGAUCUAGGAUAUAAUUAAAAUACAAUUAUAUUUCACGUAAUUUAUAUUAGAUCUAAUUAUAUUUAAAUCUGGCCAUUUUGAUUUAGAUGAAAUAAAAUUAAAAAUAUAAUAAAAUCAUUAUUUACAUAAUAAACAUGAUUACUAACCACGACAAUCAUUUUGAACAGAUCCAUGAUUUAAAUGAUCCUUUGAAAUAGUUAAAUAACAGAAAAUAUGUAUGUACAUGACUGAAUAUUAUUCGCAUAUAACAAAUACCGAAACAAAAGCAAUAUAAUAUACAAUGAACUUUUUAAAUUUUAACUUUAUAUGUGUUGUAAUAUUACAUGCCGCUGCAUAAACUAUUAGUAUCGCAAAUUACCAAAUAGCAAUUAAAACUACAUCUUAUGCCGGUUGUACACACUCGCCGAGAAUCUCGGCGCCGCUCCGACCCAAUCGAAGAAGCGCGAGACGAGAAAGGAGCAGUAUCAGGGCGGCGAAACUAAUCCUUUCGGGUAUUCUCGGCUCCGUUCGGCUCAGCAUUGCCAUUAGGGUUGGCACAACUUGACGUCCCUCUGCGUGCACGACCACAGAUUAGAUAAUGACUUGAAUUUUGGCAACCCGAAACGGAUAAUGCCAUACAUUAGAAAGGGACAGCAUGAUUGGUCCCUAAAUAGCUAUCAAACUUAGGUAUUUGUAGGCAGUUUCUUUUCUGUACUAAAGUACCUUAUUCUGUGGCAUGUACAUAUUCGUUCUCGGCCUGUCUCGGAGUUUCUCGACGAGUGUAUACAGCCGACAUUAAGUCCUAAAAUUACGAUUUCACUGUGUCCUUUAAGAGGCCGUUAUCGAUAUUAGUCGCAAAAAUGUCCAAUUGAUAGAUAUAGUCGAUGAAAUUGUAAACCUUUUGUAAACUAUUAGAAAUAACAAGUACUGUACCCCUAGUGUAACUUUGAUCGACAUCAUAACGUGACGAACGCGUUUGCGUUAAGUCUCAUUUUGUAUAGGAUUUUGAGUUUCCAAAACGUCCCGCUUGGCGCGCUCUUUCGAAAUCCAAUACAAAAUGAGACUAAACGCAAACGCGUACGUCACGUUUGGAAAUCGAAUUUAUUUACACUAGGGGUACUGGUUUGUAUUAGCACGUCUUGUUGUCUUUCAUUUUAAUAAAUCAAUUUUUUGAAAACAGACUCACUUAAUUAGUAAUCUUUUGUUUUCUGAUUGACGUAUAGGUAAACACGCGUAAAGCACUGAUAUUAAAGCUCAAAUUUGUACAUUUCUUAAAACUUGGACUGCUAAAAAUGGUAAUUUUAUAUUACACAUAUCCUGUACUUCAACUUUAAUAAACUACAUUUUUGUUAUUAUAAAUUUGAAGUAGUGUAAAUGAAAGUUAGUCGAAAUCAAUUUUCUCCAGAAAUUACUUCAAAACAAGCGUCAAUUUCUCUGAAAAUCGACUUAAUUUCAACGUAAUUUUGAUACUUAAACAAUCUACAACAUUUGCUGAAACUGUUCUUAUACAUCAUUUUGUAUAAUUUACCACCUUAAUUUUUUGAUGAAAUUUUAAAAACUGCCCCUUGUCACAUAUUACCGGGGACGCACGCUUGCGACCUCAUUAGUAAAAGGCAAGAUGAGAAGACGAGCUAAUAGAAACCAAUACUUGUUAUUUAGAUAUUACGUAACAAACGGUGUACAAUUUCAACGACUAAAUCUAUCAAUUUUACAUUUUUGCUCUAAAAUCGUUACCGGGGUUUUCUUAAAACACAUUGGGUCUUAGGAGGUUAUAUCAGACUGGCCCUGCAUAGGUUGUGCGACUGAAAUCUACCCAAACACCAAAAUGAAAGCAAUAUAAUACAUUCUCAUGCUUUUUAAUAUACACUUUACAUAAAUAUUUACUGUUAUAUAGUAUCUGGCGCGUAAUAUAAUAACAGUUUCCAGAUUGCCGACAUUGGCAAGGACUGAAAGACUACCUAUAACCGGUAAAGAAAAAAAACAUGAAAAUAAGUUACACUUACAUAUAACUGAAACAAAUUCAUAAAAAAAUACUUUAACCGAUUCAGCGCUAAUUAAGACACGUCGUUUUGGCUCUACGAAGCAUUUUCGCUACAUACCGGGAAUUCCAUGUUACAACUUGAAAUGUUACACUCUGUCAGUUUCAAUCGGGGGGUGGUAAAACUAAAAUGUGACGGUUAUUUUAUCAUGAGGAUGAAGUCAGCCGUCAUCUUGCUGGUUUAGAGUCAGACCAUGAUAAGUUAGCAGCAAUUUUGACAGCUCAGACAGUGCAAGUGUUAUUUUAAACGUCAAACUUCUAUGAAAUUAUGACGUUUACUUAACACUUGCACAGGAUGACUAUAAAAAUCGUUGCCAACUUAGCUUGGUCUGACUCUACCGAUAUGUAUCGGUAAAAUACCGGUAACAGUCCUUGUCUCAGGACGUUAAUGACAUAUACUAAACAUACGCGUAUAAGUAACUUAAGAUUAUCCUUUAAAAGUACAAAUUUAAUGAAACGAAUACGAUCGGUUAUAUUAGUAUACUAAUUCGGUUUUAAAUUAGCUCGUCUAUUUUUGACAACUUUUUUUAAUGUAGCCUAUUUUGUGUCCCGCUGCUGGGCACGGCCUCCCCUUUCUUCCGCCACUCAUCACGGUUUGGUGCAUGUUCCCGCCAGUCGCUGCAAAAAGCGUCGAGGUCAUCCCGCCAUCUUUUUUGGUCUGCCUCUGCACGGCUAAUCUGCGGAAUGGAUUAACAGCAGAUUUCUCUACUUAUAUAUUAAAAACUACAAGCCCAAGACUCCUUAAACAUAAAUUAAGGAAGGACCUCAAAUAUUAGAGAAUGCCGAAUGGAAGGAAUAAAAUUAAACAGUCUAAAUACAGUUCCUUUUCAUACGUUAAUUUACGGACAAUGUUAAUUGAAAGGUAGGUCAACCGGCAUAACGGCGUUACUUGGUGUAAAUGCGUCUAUUGAAGAUAUCUCUGAAAUGGGACAUAUUAUAAGUAUAGCUAUUUACACUAAAAGUUCGGUGAGCAAACUUCUAACAUAGAGGGUAGCAAUAGUUCUAAAAUAUUCCGUUCAGAAAAUAUAGACGCAUGUAUACCAAGUGACGCAUUUACCCCGGUUGACUUUUUUUGAAAUUUCGAGACAUACAUAGAUAGAGCUAUACCAAGAACGAAUGUUUUGAUUCGUUUGAAUAUGCUCUUUUAUUUUAUUUUAUUUAUUUAAGGGGUAACAAACAACAAUACAGUAUGUAUUACAGAAGAUAUGUGUUACAUUAUGUAUAGUCAACAGCGUAUCCACGGAUUACUUUAAACAAUGUGUGGUUGCCCUUGGCCCUUUAUGUGGUGUUUUAAGCUUGUAUUUUAUAAAUAUAAAAUGGACGCGCUCAAACCAAAACCGAAUUAGUAUACUAGCCUUUAUUAAUAGCUUAAAUGCCUUAUAUACAAGUACCAUAGUGUAAGCUUGAAAUAGUUCCUUAAAAAGGCGAGAAUGGUAAUAUAAUUUAAAAAUAACUUAAUAUUUGUGUUAAAUUAGGUACAUACGUGACUAUUCCCACUCCGGACCUAGCGCAAGUGAGCCGCAACACGUUAACAUUAAUUAGAAACCUUUUUUUUGCUAAUAAACAAAUCUAUCUUUCGAUUUAGUUCAGUGCGAAAGAGAUUAUCUAUUUUGCUGUUCUACAAAGUAUAUUAUUAACCCUAAUUAAACUAAUUUUGGCUUUGAACGUCAGUACGUUAGCUCCUAGGAGAAAACAAUUAAAAAUUGCACCAAAAACAAAGAAGGUAACAUAAAAAAAAAAUUGUUCAUAGUUACGUUAGACUGCACGACCGGCUCGCAUUGGUUGCGCACUGCGAUUGGACACCAAACUUCGUUUCGCCCAGGUUUCGCUUCUUUACGAAUAGUCAAUAUGACUACGGUGAAUUUCUUUCGUCCUCCAAUUUUACUCUAGCGCGUCGUUACACACACUAAAAACCUAUUUUCAAUAUGUUAUAACAGUACUCGUUCGCUCGGCCGCCAAAAACUGCAAACGUUGUAUAUUACUUGUAAAUACAUGCGCCAUAGGCGUUUAGUCAUUUUGCUGUUUUUCGUUAAAUAUAAAGAAAAUUAUCGUAGAUUAGGAUUUUUGCAUUUUGCGUUUUUUAACUAUUUAUCGACUUAUCGAGGCUUCGCGUGUUGUAUUUGAAUGUUUCGUAAAAUAAGAGUGUUUCUUUUAUAGAAAUACAGUUAACAGCAGAAGUAGCUAAACUGAUAAUUUUCAAAAUUAUCUAUUUUCAACAUAAAAGCGUGUGUGGAUAGUUUUGCACAUUUUAUACGUUUAGCAAAAGUUAUCUGGGUUAAUUGUGUCCAUGGGGCUAAAACGUUUUCCUUACAAUUAUAAGUAACUGGUACAGUCGCAGAUAUAUAGGAUCGUCUCAGAUGCUUAGAAAUAUUUGAACACACCUAGGUAGCAAGGCGUUUGUCUUGUUCAGAUAUUUUGAGCACAUGGGCAUGGUAUUCGUAAGUGUAAAGGCUGUUGUAUAUGUUGCCCCAUUUCCAUAGUUUUGCUGGGAAAAUGCGUCUACAAUACCUAACUUUAGCAUCUUGUAAUUCUAAUGAAAACGCACUUGUCUUAUGGACGGAAUUACCUCAGUUGACCUAAUACGAUUUUACAAGGUCUAUAAUCUUGAUUUUUAGACUUUUGCAUGUUCAGUGUGAACAUUAGAAUAUAAUAGAAAUGUUACAUUUGUACCAUUAUUUUUUUAUUGUUAAUUUGUCAUAACUUAGUAUUAGUAUCUUUUUUCGGUUUAGUAAUUAUGAUUAUCUGGUUUGCAAAUAGAUAACUGACAGAACUGUCAAAUAUCUUAUACAGAUCGUGUCAUUCACGAAGUCGCGUGGCUUGACUCGUAUUGCCGUGUCAUUAAAGGCUAGAUUGGACAAAUCUGCGCGUCAUCGUGGAUGACACGAACUAUAGUCGAUAAUUCAAAAUUGUAUAUAUUUUGUUGUCAUAUUUUUAAUGGAUUUUUGUAACAAUAUACACGGAAAGGAUGCUUAAAGUGUAAUCGUAAGAGCUAUUGCAAAAAAUGGAAGGCAUUUUUAACCGAGAAAAGUAUAGUAGCUAAGUUUUUAUUUUACUCGUCUCACUGGCACUUUAUAAGUGUGAGCGGGACAGCCUCAUCUAUCCUUUCCAUGUGUAUUGUAUUCGCUUUUAUUUGUAACCUAGCAUAAUUAGAUAUACACCCUGUAUCUGACUUAAGCUGUAUAUUGUAUAAAAAAAUUAAAAAGAAACUGUAAGCCGCAAAAAAAAACUACGGCUAAAAAUAUAUUUUUCAAGUCAGUGCAUAUAGGCGGUUGCUACAAUUGUAACACAAGAAAAAAUUAACUUGUGGUCUGAAUUUGUUUUGUAAAAAAAGAUGUCUGUUUAAAAAAAGCAACCGUCACCUUAAAAA